AUGAUAGCUCCACCGAAGCGCGCUAAUCUCCCCGACAAGGAUUUCUACUCCUUCAGGUAUAAUUUCAAGCCAGAGUCUGGAACGGUCGAAGUCAAACGCAGGAAAGAUUUGACCAGCAACCAUCUUUUCAAUGGGACUGAACAGCCGGUGAGGGAGUAUGAUUGUACAUUCACUCUUGAAAAGGUAGAGUGCUUCAUGGGCUUUACAUACGACAAGAAAGUCUCUUCUUCCAGCUCCAGCUUUACUCGAAAGUCUCCCUUUGCAACAACUCCCCCUGCAGCACAGCCUAAAAACGCGGUAGAUUUGGAGAAAGAGCUAGAACGUGAUCUUUUAGGGCUCUCAGAUGCUAAUGGUGAGGUCGUGGAUGAUAUCGAUGACAUUUUGGCGAAGGUCACGGGGCAAAGGCAAGAGGAAGAGGAGGAAGAGGAGGGCGAAGAGGGCGAAGAGAUUGAAAUACCUCCUCGUGAAGCUCCUUCGCUACCUCCGCCACCUUCAAAACCUAAAGCGCCUCGCCCUGCUGCUCCACCUCCAAAAAGCACGAGCCCGAACCGAAGCCAAAACCCAAACCCAAGGAAAGAAGAUUCCGACUUAGAAGAGGUUCUUGAUUUUGAUCGCCCCGGUCGCCCUUCAAAACGUCCAAAGCCGCCUGUGUCAACCGGACUAGCCUUGCCAGGAACAACGUCUUCUUUCGUGCCUCCUGCUCCUCCCACAAAGCCUGCAGCAGCAGAAUCGGACUCUGAAGAAGACUGGGAUGAAGUCACCCACAAUGAUCUGGUGGAAGAAGAGAUAGAUCUUGACGCCUUCGGGCGGGAGAUGGAUGCAGAACUCGAAGAAGAAUCUGACGAUGAUAUAUUGAUGGCGGUAAUGUCUCCAGAUCUUGAAUCAGUGGCGAGUGUCUCUGGACGACCCAUGUCAGUCAGUCAAUUCGCAGGCGGUCAACUCAGUGCGGAUGAAGACGAUACAUCAUCCAGCGAGGAUAGUGAUGAAGAUUAA